UGGCCAAUUUACUUUAUGCCUUCCAUCUCCGUAUAUAUUUGUGCUCCAGCUUGAAAAAAAUUUCCAUAGCCGUCCAGUUUAAACCCAUCAUCACAAAGAUCUUCACAAUCUCUCUGCGAGCCUAACACCUAAGAAGAAAUGACUACUGAACAAACAAAAUCAUCAACCGAAGACGUAAAGAUGGAUUUAUUUGAAGAUGACGAUGAGUUUGAAGAAUUUGAUAUCGAAGAAGAGUGGGCGGACAAGGAAGAAGGAAAGGAAGUGACACAGCAGUGGGAAGAUGAUUGGGAUGAUGAUGAUGUCACUGAUGACUUCUCAUUGCAACUGAGGAGGGAACUUGAGAAUAACACUUCGAAAAACUGAGCUGGACUUAUGCAUUCUCUGUUGUCUCUAUCGUUCAUCUCUGCACUGAACUCUUGUUUGAAUUGAUAUUCCUUUUCGUGCAAAUGAACGUAAGAGCUUUAACCCUUUAUGCUUGGAUAUUUGGUAGAAACUUCAAAUCCAAAACUGGUUUUAUGGUUCUCUGAAAUGUGACAUAGAUUUUACUGCUGAA